GUACUUUUAUUUUUUAAUUAGUCAUUUGGAAGGAGAGAAAUUGAUAGAGAAAGAGAGAGAAAAUAGAGAGAGAGAGAAGAAUGGGGUAGAUGGGAGCUACUACAGAGAAAGGAAAAGGUGGUGUGGCAGGGGCAGGUACCACGUGCAGGACUCAUUAAAGCCGUUAAAAAUUUAAAGAACCACAGCCCUCUUCUCCCAAGCUCAAAUUCACACCUACCCUUUCUGCGAUUUCCUUUAAACACUUAAUAAACUCUCUCUCUCUCUCUCUCUCUCUCUCUCCCCCAAGUGGCGGUCUCUGUGUAUGAUCACAUUCGCUGCGCAUUUACAAACCAAACCCAACACAUUGUUUUUUUGGCUACUGUGUUUUUUUCUCAUUCAACAAUUUAUACUGUUUCCUGAUUCGUAAUGAUUGAUACUCAGAUAUCAAUUUUGAUCAAGGCUUUUUGAAGAUUUCACUUCCCCUUUUUUAUCCUCUUCCUCAAGGUAAACUUGUGGUGGUGCAGCAUGUCAGAAGCCCAAAGGAUUUCAGCAAUGGGUAGCUUUGGGCGUGGAAAUGGGUAUGCAAACGGAGUAGUUCCAAUCAGGCAUCCUGCUACUAUAUUUGAAGUAGAUGAAUUCUGCCAUGCCCUUGGAGGGAAGAAGCCAAUCCAUAGUAUUUUGAUUGCAAACAAUGGAAUGGCAGCUGUCAAGUUUAUACGCAGUGUGAGGACAUGGGCCUAUGAAACAUUUGGGACGGAGAAAGCAAUCUUGUUGGUGGCCAUGGCUACACCAGAGGAUAUGAGAAUCAAUGCUGAACAUAUUAGAAUUGCUGAUCAGUUUGUGGAAGUUCCUGGUGGAACCAACAACAAUAACUAUGCAAACGUACAGCUCAUUGUAGAGAUGGCAGAGAUAACACAUGUUGAUGCAGUUUGGCCUGGUUGGGGCCAUGCAUCUGAGAACCCUGAGUUGCCAGAUGCAUUGAAUGCCAAAGGGAUUGUAUUUCUGGGCCCACCAGCUAUAUCUAUGGCAGCAUUAGGAGAUAAAAUUGGUUCAUCGUUAAUUGCUCAAGCAGCAGAAGUGCCCACCCUUCCAUGGAGUGGUUCACAUGUUAAAAUUCCUCCAGAGAGUUGCUUGGUUACCAUCCCAGAUGAUAUAUAUAGGGAAGCAUGUGUUUAUACAACAGAGGAAGCAAUUGCUAGUUGUCAAGUUGUUGGUUACCCAGCAAUGAUCAAGGCUUCAUGGGGUGGUGGUGGUAAAGGCAUAAGAAAGGUACAUAAUGAUGAUGAAGUUAGGGCAUUGUUCAAGCAAGUUCAGGGUGAAGUUCCGGGUUCUCCAAUAUUUAUAAUGAAGGUCGCAUCCCAGAGCCGACACUUAGAAGUCCAGUUACUGUGUGAUCAGUAUGGUAAUGUUGCAGCUUUGCAUAGCCGUGAUUGUAGUAUUCAAAGGCGACACCAGAAGAUUAUUGAGGAGGGUCCAAUAACUGUUGCUCCUCUAGAGACGGUAAAAUUGUUAGAGCAGGCAGCUCGAAGGUUGGCUAAAUGUGUUAAUUAUGUUGGAGCUGCUACUGUUGAAUAUUUGUACAGUAUGGAAACUGGAGAGUACUAUUUCUUAGAGCUCAACCCUCGGUUACAGGUAGAGCAUCCUGUGACUGAGUGGAUUGCUGAAAUAAAUCUUCCGGCAGCCCAAGUUGUGGUUGGGAUGGGCAUCCCUCUUUGGCAAAUUCCUGAGAUAAGACGGUUUUAUGGAAUUGAACAUGGUGGUGGAUAUGAUGCUUGGCGAAAGAUGUCAGCUGUUGCCACCCCAUUUGAUUUUGAUAAGGCAGAAUCCACAAGGCCGAAAGGUCAUUGUGUUGCUGUUCGUGUUACAAGUGAGGACCCUGAUGAUGGCUUUAAGCCUACUAGUGGGAAAGUACAGGAGUUGAGUUUUAAGAGCAAGCCAAAUGUUUGGGCAUACUUCUCUGUUAAGUCUGGAGGAGGAAUUCAUGAAUUCUCAGAUUCUCAGUUUGGACAUGUUUUUGCAUUUGGCGAGUCCAGGGCUCUAGCUAUUGCAAAUAUGGUUCUCGGGCUGAAGGAAAUUCAAAUUCGGGGAGAAAUUCGUACAAAUGUGGAUUACACAAUUGAUCUUUUACAUGCUGCAGACUACAGAGAAAAUAAAAUUCAUACAGGCUGGUUGGAUAGUAGAAUAGCUAUGCGAGUACGAGCAGAAAGACCCCCUUGGUAUCUCUCUGUAGUUGGAGGGGCACUCUUCAAAGCAUCUGCUAGCAGUGCAGCAAUGGUUUCAGAUUAUGUGGGAUAUCUUGAAAAGGGGCAAAUACCACCUAAGCAUAUAUCUCUUGUUCACUCACAAGUGUCCUUGAACAUUGAAGGGAGCAAAUACACGAUUGACAUGGUAAGGGGUGGACCAGGAAGCUAUAGAUUGAGGAUGAAUCAAUCAGAGAUUGAAGCAGAGAUACAUACCUUACGUGAUGGAGGUUUAUUGAUGCAGUUGGAUGGAAACAGUCAUGUCAUAUAUGCAGAGGAAGAAGCAGCUGGAACUCGCCUUCUCAUUGAUGGAAGGACUUGCUUGCUUCAGAAUGAUCAUGAUCCAUCUAAGCUAGUAGCGGAGACACCAUGCAAAUUGCUAAGGUAUUUGAUUCCUGACGGUAGUCAUAUCGAUGCUGACUCACCAUAUGCUGAGGUUGAGGUUAUGAAGAUGUGUAUGCCUCUACUUUCACCUGCUUCCGGAGUUAUCCAGUUUAAAAUGUCUGAAGGUCAAGCAAUGCAGGCUGGUGAACUUAUAGCAAGGCUUGAGCUAGAUGAUCCUUCGGCUGUGAGGAAAGCAGAACCAUUCAAUGGGAGCUUCCCUCUCGUGGGGCCUCCAACAGCAAUUUCUGGUAAAGUUCAUCAGAGAUGUGCAGCAAGUUUAAAUUCAGCUCAAAUGAUUCUUGCUGGUUACGAGCAUAACAUUGAUGAAGUGGUGCAAAACUUGCUCAACUGCCUUGAUAGUCCUGAACUCCCUUUCCUUCAAUGGCAAGAGUGCUUGUCUGUUCUGGCUACCCGUCUUCCAAAAGAUCUUAAAAAUGAGUUGGAGUCAAAGUUUAAGGAGUUUGAGGGAAUUCCUAGCACCCAGAAUGUUGACUUCCCUGCCAAACUAUUGCGGGGAAUUCUUGAAGCCCAUCUAUCUUCGUGUUCGGAAAAAGAAAAAGGAGCACAAGAAAGGCUUAUUGAACCUUUGAUGAGCCUUGUGAAGUCUUAUGAGGGUGGAAGAGAAAGUCAUGCCCGUAUUAUUGUUCAGUCCCUUUUCGAAGAGUAUUUGUCAGUUGAAGAAUUAUUCAGCGACCACAUUCAGGCUGAUGUAAUUGAACGACUUCGACUUCAAUACAAAAAAGAUCUCUUGAAGGUUGUAGACAUUGUGCUUUCUCAUCAGGGUGUCAAAAGUAAAAAUAAGCUGAUACUACAACUCAUGGAACAACUGGUUUAUCCUAAUCCUGCUGCCUAUAGGGAUAAACUAAUUAGGUUCUCUACACUUAACCAUACAAAUUACUCCGAGUUGGCACUAAGGGCAAGUCAACUACUGGAGCAAACAAAACUCAGUGAACUACGUUCUAAUAUUGCCAGAAGCCUUUCUGAAUUGGAGAUGUUUACUGAGGAUGGUGAGAAUAUGGAUACUCCCAAGAGGAAAAGUGCCAUUAAUGAAAGAAUGGAGGUUCUUGUUAGUGCCCCUUUGGCAGUUGAAGAUGCUCUUGUAGGUCUUUUUGUUCAUAGUGAUCACACCCUUCAAAGGCGGGUUGUGGAGACUUAUGUCCGUCGAUUAUAUCAGCCCUAUCUUGUAAAAGGGAGUGUCAGGAUGCAGUGGCACAGAUCUGGACUUAUUGCUUCAUGGGAGUUUCUGGAAGAGCAUAAUGAAACUAGACAUGAGAAUGAAGAUGAAAUGUCUGAUAAAUCAUUGGUUGAAAAACACAGUGAGAGAAAAUGGGGAGUCAUGGUUAUUAUCAAAUCUCUCCAAUUUUUGCCAGCAAUUAUUAGUGCUGCAUUAAGGGAAGCAACUCAUAACCUCCAUGAUGCAAUUCCAAAUGGAUCUUCAGAAUCAGAUAGCUAUGGCAAUAUGAUGCAUAUCGCAUUGGUUGGUAUCAACAAUCAGAUGAGUUUACUUCAGGAUAGUGGUGAUGAGGAUCAGGCCCAAGAGAGAAUUAACAAGUUGGCGAAAAUACUUAAAGAGCAAGGAGUAGUGUCCAGUCUACGCAGUGCAGGGGUUGGGGUAAUUAGUUGCAUCAUACAGAGGGAUGAAGGGCGUGCCCCUAUGAGGCACUCCUUCCACUGGUCAUCAGAGAAGCACUAUUAUGAGGAAGAACCUCUAUUGCGUCAUCUGGAACCUCCUCUAUCCAUAUACCUUGAAUUGGACAAGCUUAAGGGCUAUGAGAACAUCCGGUAUACACCAUCCAGGGACCGGCAAUGGCACUUGUAUACUGUUGUAGACAAGCCACUACCGAUCCAAAGGAUGUUUCUCAGAACACUUGUCAGGCAGCCGACUACAACGGAUGGGUUUACAGCACAUCAGGGGCUUGAAACACAAUGGAAUAUUCCAUUUACUUCAAGGAGCAUUUUGCGGUCCUUAAUGACUGCAAUGGAGGAGUUGGAACUUAAUUCACACAAUGCUACUGUCAAGGCUGACCAUGCUCAUAUGUACCUUUAUAUCUUACAUGAGCAACAAAUAGGCGAUCUUGUACCUUAUAACAAGAGAGUUGAUGUAGAUGCUGAAGUAGAAGAAACUGCAGUUGAGGCAAUUUUAGAAGAAAUGGCACGUGAAAUUCAUGCAUCUGUCGGUGUAAGAAUGCACAGGUUAGGUGUCUGUGAGUGGGAAGUGAAGCUUUGGAUGGAAUCUUCUGGACAGGUGAAUGGUGCUUGGAGGGUUGUUGUAACAAAUGUGACCGGUCACACCUGCACCGUACAUGUAUAUAGAGAAUUAGAGGAUACCAAUCAACAUAAAGUGGUCUACCAUUCAAUCUCUGUACGGGGUCCUCUUCAUGGUAUAGCAGUGAAUGCACAGUAUCAGCCUCUGGGAGUUCUUGAUCGGAAACGUCUGGUUGCCCGGAAAAACAAUACCACUUACUGCUAUGAUUUUCCACUGGCCUUUGAGACAGCGCUGGAACAGUCAUGGGCAUCCCAGUCACCUGCUCUUAAGAAACCCAAGGAUAAAGCUAUUCUCAAAGUAACAGAGCUCAAAUUUGCUGAUCAGAAAGGCUCCUGGGGUACUCCUCUUGUUCCAGUAGAGCGUGCACCUGGGCUCAAUGAUGUUGGUAUGGUGGCCUGGUUUUUAGAGAUGUCAACUCCCGAGUUCAAUUCUGGAAGGACAAUAUUGAUCGUUGCAAAUGAUGUGACUUUUAGAGCAGGGUCCUUUGGCCCAAGGGAGGAUGCAUUCUUCCUUGCAGUUAGUGAACUUGCCUGUGCUAAGAAAUUGCCUUUAAUUUAUUUGGCAGCAAACUCUGGUGCCCGUAUCGGCGUAGCUGAAGAAGUCAAAUCCUGCUUUAAAGUUGGAUGGUCUGAUGAAUCAAGCCCUGAGCGUGGUUUUCAGUAUGUAUACUUAACCCCUGAGGAUUAUGCUCAGAUUGGAUCAUCUGUGAUAGCACAUGAAUUAAAGCUCACAAGUGGAGAAACCAGAUGGGUCAUAGAUACUAUUGUUGGGAAAGAGGAUGGCUUGGGGGUUGAAAAUUUGACUGGAAGUGGGGCAAUUGCUGGCGCAUAUUCAAGGGCAUACAAGGAAACCUUUACCUUGACUUAUGUAACUGGUAGAACUGUUGGAAUAGGAGCUUAUCUUGCUCGGCUAGGGAUGCGGUGCAUACAGAGGCUUGAUCAGCCCAUAAUUUUAACUGGUUUCUCUGCUUUGAACAAACUCCUUGGCCGAGAGGUGUACAGCUCACACAUGCAAUUAGGUGGACCUAAAAUUAUGGCGACAAAUGGGGUCGUCCAUCUCACUGUUUCAGAUGAUCUUGAGGGGAUAUCUGCAAUUCUGAAGUGGCUAAGCUAUGUUCCUCAAUAUGUAGGUGGUCCACUCCCCAUUUCACAUCCUUUGGAUCCUCCAGAAAGGCCUGUUGAGUACUUCCCUGAAAAUUCAUGCGAUCCUCGUGCAGCUAUUUCUGGUGCUCCUGAUGGUAAUGGGAAGUGGAUGGGAGGUAUUUUUGAUAAGGAUAGCUUUGUUGAAACGCUAGAAGGCUGGGCAAGGACUGUUGUUACAGGAAGAGCGAAGCUUGGAGGAAUUCCUGUCGGAAUUGUUGCUGUUGAGACACAGACAGUGAUGCAAGUUAUACCUGCUGAUCCUGGACAGCUUGAUUCCCAUGAAAGAGUUGUUCCCCAGGCUGGGCAAGUAUGGUUUCCUGAUUCUGCAACAAAGACAGCCCAAGCAUUAAUGGACUUCGAUAGAGAAGAGCUCCCACUUUUCAUUCUCGCCAACUGGAGAGGGUUUUCGGGUGGGCAGAGGGAUCUUUUUGAAGGGAUCCUUCAGGCUGGAUCAACAAUUGUGGAGAACCUCAGAACCUACAAACAGCCCGUCUUUGUGUACAUCCCCAUGAUGGGUGAGCUCCGAGGUGGGGCAUGGGUUGUCGUGGACAGUCGGAUUAAUUCAGAUCAUAUUGAAAUGUAUGCUGAUCACACAGCUAAAGGUAAUGUCCUUGAGCCAGAAGGUAUGAUUGAGAUCAAAUUUAGGACAAAGGAGUUGCUGGAGUGCAUGGGCAGGCUUGAUCAACAGCUGAUCAAUCUGAAGGAAAAACUUCGGGAAGCCAAGAGUGGUGGAACGCAUGGGUUGGUUGAAUCCCUACAACAGCAGAUAAAAGCCCGUGAAAAGCAGCUUUUGCCUGUGUAUACCCAGAUAGCAACUAAAUUUGCAGAACUGCAGGAUACUUCCCUGAGGAUGGCUGCAAAAGGGGUAAUCAGAGAAGUUCUGGCCUGGGGCAAUUGCAGGUCUUUCUUCUAUAGGAGAUUACGUAGGAGAAUUUCCGAGGAGUCACUUAUCAAGACUGUGAUUGAUGCCGCCGGUGAACAGCUGUCCCAUAAAUCUGCAAAGGACUUGAUUGUUAAAUGGUUUUUGGAUUCUGACAUUUCAAGAGGCAGAGAAGAUGCUUGGUUGGACGAUGAAACUUUCUUUAAAUGGAAGGCUGAUUCAGGAAAAUAUGAGAGUAAACUAAAAGAACUGCGGGUCCAGAAGGUAUUGCUUCAACUAACAAAUAUUGGUGACUCAGCUACAGAUUUGCAAGCUCUACCUCAAGGUCUUGCUGCCCUUCUAAGCAACGUGGAGCCAUCAAGCCGUGCGCAAUUGGUUGAUGAACUCCGCAAGGUGCUCAGUUAAAUUUGGAUAGUUGGAUGUUCACAUGCAGUUAUGGUCCCCAUAACUUGCCUUGUGCUUAGUGCUGGUUGAAUAACGGUGAGGUUUUGGAUAACCCAUUGCUUGUUGUUCAUCUGCCUCUUCCACAUUUUACAACGAAAUCGCUUCUUUUAAAUUGUUGGAGGGUAUUUUUGCACCAGUUCCCGUCUUUCCUUUGAAGUGUAAAUUAUGCUAAGAGUGAAAAAGUAUAAGGAAAUAGAUUUCCAGUGCCCGGAGGCAAAAAAAACCAGCACUAGCAAGCUCCUAGUCGUAAGUUUCAUGUAAGGAGGAUUCGGUGAUUCGAUUCUAAAUAAAAGGUCUUGAAAUAUAUAUAUUUUUUGUAUUUAAAUGUAAUAUGUAUUGUUUAUUCAACUACUGAAUGUGAAUUCAUACUGACUAUUACUUUGUGCGUUGCUUAA